GAGCCAAGCGAAAACCUGUCGGGGGCAAGGAAGAGAUGCUUGGCUUCUAGCUCUACAGUGGAGCCAUCAAUGAUUCAAUGGCCGCAGUUUCAGUAACUUGGAGGGAGGAAGACGGGAGAGAGGUCAGGAGGAGGGUGGUCCUGUAAAUUGAGGGUGAACAGGUGUCGGGGAAUAGCUAGAUGGAAACCAGAUCCUGACAGCUAUCAGAGUGUUGAUUGGCCGCCUCCUUUGAAAGAUCCCUUCUUCCCCCAGUGUUUGCCCCCCUCUCUUACCUCCUACCUCCUCCUGUUUCUCAUCAUCAUCGUCGUCAUCAUCACAGUUUUUUUUUACCCAUGCCAGUCUGUUCUUCUUCUCUCUCUCUCAAGCUUAUCUGCCCCCCCUUUUUUUUAUCAACUGUUUUACCGCUCCUACUGCUGUUCCACAGACGUUAACUCACUAUUUCCGAAGAUCUGCAGAAAAAAAUAGAAAUCUAAGUCAAGCAGAGCUGAGAGCAGUGCCCCUCUUUCUCUCUGUCCCUCUCUUUUUCCCUCUCUCUAUUUUAUAUUUUCUUUUUGACUGCGAGUAAAGAGCAAAAUUCUGGAGGAAGAGGUAAAGGAUGCAGUCAGGCUUGGAGUAUGCAUCAGUUCCUGAUCACAUCCAGCAGAUUAUAUCCACCAGAUCUUCCCUUCACCACCACCAUCAUCUCACUCCUCAGCCUUUCUUCGGCAUCAAUCCUGUGAUUGACACCAACCUGGAAGAGCAGCAGCAGCACCACCACCUGCUUGACAACUCACCAAGCCACGAGCUGCAUCUCUUGCACCAUUUCCAGCAGCAGCAGCAGCAGCACAGUCAUGGCCUUGUGCAGGACCCGUUCAUGGUUCACGGCCAUGAGAGAAGUCUCUGCAGAGAAAUGGAGGAAGAUGAAGGCGGAGAGGACAAUGGAGAGAGGGAGGAAGAGGAGGAGAGGAGGGGUGCUGCAAGGAGAGUGGAGGCCGAAGGUGGGAGGCCGGUGCAUGAACACAACAACAGGUGGCCUAGGGAGGAGACCUUGGCUCUCCUGAAGAUCAGAUCUAGCAUGGAAGCAACCAUCCAUGACUCAAAUUUCAAAGGACCCAUUUGGGAGCAUGUCUCAAGGAAGCUUGCGGAGCUUGGGUUCCACAGGAGUGCGAAGAAAUGCAAGGAGAAAUUCGAGAAUGUGACCAAGUACUACAAGAAAACGAAGGACGGGAGGCAGGAUGGCAAGAACUACAGGUUUUACUCCGAGAUUGAGGCCUUGUACAACGGCAGCAACAUCAACAAGGGUGGGGCUCCCACAAAUCAGGGCAAAAUGAUAAUGGGUAGCAGCACUGCGGAGAAGAACUGUGAGGGCACAUCAGAGGAUGAGACACUGGAGAACCCAUCCCUUGCAGAGGGAACUCAGCUGGCAGGAGAAAGCACGAGCAAGAAGAGAAAGAAGAGCCGAAGCUUUGAAGAGAUGAAGGGCCUGUGUCAAGAGAUGGUGAAGCAGAUGAUGGAGCAGCAGGAGGAGCUGCAAAGGAAGUUCCUAGAAGCAGUGGAGAAACGAGACCACGAAAGAAUCCAGAGGGAGGAGGCAUGGAAGAGGCAGGAGAUGGCGAGGAUGAGCAGGGAGACUGAGACGAGGACUCAGGAGCAGGCGCUGGCAUCCAACAGGGAGGCUGCAAUCAUUGGCUUCUUGAGGAAACUCACAGAGGAGAGUCAAGGGGAGGGUGCCCCACUAAACCCUAACCAGCAGAGCCCAGAUAGUCAUGACCUUAACCCAGACCCAGACCCUAACCCUAACCCUAGGACCAACCCCAUCCCUGUGCAGGGGGAGGUCCCACCAACAGACCUGGCGGGUCCCAGUGGCAAAACAGGACCCACCCAUCUGAAGAGGUGGCCAAGGUCAGAGGUGUAUGCUUUGAUAAAACUCAGGUGCAAGCAUGAGGAGAGCUUCAAAGACAACAACUCAAAGGGGUCGCUGUGGGAGAAGAUAUCCCAAGAGAUGGUGCAGUUGGGGUACAUGAGGAGUGCCAAGAGGUGCAAGGAGAAGUGGGAGAAUAUCAACAAGUACUUUAGGAAGACUAAGGACGCUGCCAAGGCGAGACCGCCUGACUCCAAGACCUGCCCUUACUUCCACCAGCUCAGCAAGCUUUACCAGAAUGGGGUCCUCUCUUUCCCCUCCCAAAAGCACCUCGACGUCCCGCCGGAAAACAGCGCGUACGUGCCGCAGGACUGCUCGGAAAACCAUCUAGUGGCCGACAGCGGCGCGGCCGAGUCGUCGGGGUGCGACUACGGCGGAGGAAUGAUGGGCAUGGGUGGCGAUGUUGUGGAGGCCCAGUCUACGCUGAUGGAGUUGGUCUGCAAGAUCUCCUCUGAUCACUACAACAGCGCAGGAUAAUAUGUCAUCUCUCCGCCCCUUCUCUCUCUUUCUCAUGGUAAAAGCCAAGGGGCACCAAAUGGUGCUCUGAUUUAAUAGGAAAUAUUCAGGAGUUGUGAUUGGUGGUAGUAUAGUACUCUUCUUACUACAUAUUCUUACUACUAUUCUUAUUAUAUCUUCGGAUGGAAGCGAAGAUCUGGAAGGGAAACAUUUAAAUGUGUGGCUAUUCGUGGAACAAAAUCGCCAUUGUGGAAUACAAUACUGAACCAGCACCUGCAGGUGUAAUGUAAUUGUGCAAUUACAAUUCACGAACUAAUUAUUAUGUUUUCCUCUCGAA